AUGGCCAGCGUGGACAGGGGAGAGCCAAGGGUGGCCCGAGGGGAGCCGCAGACGGUGGAGCAGAACUGGCACUGGUGGAUUUUUGUCAACCGCAGCCUGGCACUGGGGGAUAUCCGCUGCUUCGGCUUUGACAUGGACUACACUCUGGCUGCCUAGAAGUCCCCGGCCUACGAGAUGCUGACCUUCGAGCUGCUGCUGGAGCGCCUGGUGUGCAUCGGAUACCCGCAUGAGAUUCUGCGCUACUCCUACGACCCCACCUUCCCCACCAGGGGACUGGUGUUUGAUGCUCUCUACGGAAACCUGCUGAAGGUGGAUGCCCACGGGAACGUGCUGCUGGGCACCCAAGGCUUUACCUUCCUCUGGACGCCCCUGCUCCACAGGGCAGAGAUAUGGAGCUUCUACCCCAGCAAGUUCAUUCAGAGGGACGAACUGCGUUUCCAUGUUCUCAACACACUCUUCAACCUGCCGGAAACCUACCUGUACGCCUGACUGGUGGACUUCUUCUCUGGCUGCUCCCGAUAUAUCAACCGUGACACUGGCUAUCAGCAUGGGAACCUCUUCAUGUCCUUCCGAAGCCUCUUCCAGGAUGUGACAGAUGCCAUGGAUAAUGUCCAUCAGUCGGGCUGUCUCAAGGAGAAGACCCUGGAGAACUUGGAGAGGUAUGUGGAGAAGGAUGUGAGAAUCCCCAUCCUGCUGGGCAAGAUGAAGGAGGUUGGGAAAGUGUUCCUGGCCACCAACAGCAGCUACAACUAUGCUGAUGCCAUCAUGACCUACCUGUUUGGCAUUGGUGAGGCUGGGGCCACAGCCAGGCCCUGGAGUUCCUACUUUGACCUGAUUGUGGUGGACACGCAGAAGCCACGUUUCUUUGCGGAGGGAACGGUGCUGAGACAGGUCAACACGGACUCAGGCAAACUCCGUGUGGGCAUCUACACCGGGCCCCACCAGCACUGUGCCAUCUACUCUGGAGGCUCAUCGGAUGUGGUAUGCGAAUUGCUCGGGGUACGGGGGAAGGACAUCCUGUACAUUGGUGACCACAUCUUGGCGGACAUCCUCAAGUCCAAGAAGCGGCAGGGCUGGUGGACUUGCCUGGUGGUUCCUGAGCUGUCCCGGGAGCUGGGCAUCUGGGUCCAAGAGAAGGAGAGAAUGGAGGAGCUGAAGAGGCUGGAUGUGCACCUGGCCGACCUGUACCAGCACAUGGAUGGAAGCAGUUAUGAGCUUCAACUCCUCAACUCCACCAAGAGAGAGAUUUGGAUGCCGCAGGAGUCAGUUGUGGAUCAAGAACGGGCCAAUCUGGACCCCGCCUCCUGCCUCCUCUCCUGCGGCCGGAGGGCUGAAGGCCAAGAGAGAGACGAGGACCAGGAGGGCUGCCUGGGGGCUGCAUGAGUCCUGGACACGGGCUGGCAUCACUGUCAUCUUCUACUUGAGACAUUUUCCAGACAAGUGGUUUCAGGAACAAUAUGGAAGAUGGAAAAAGCAAACAUGUUGAAAUCUUCUAAGAGUAACAGUUUGGGAGCCCAGGAACACUUCUUUUAGGGAGGAGGGUGUAUUGCUCUCAUCCUGGAAGCCAUUCCACCUCCCCCAAACCCUUGCUGCCACCCCCGCUCUGUGCCAUUGGGAAAUGUGUGUAAUAAGUGAAAUGAUUUUACCUGUUCCCUGAGCGUAU